AUGGAUCAACCAGUAGCCAUUGUAACCGGCGCUGCCUCUGGCAUCGGCUUGGCCGUAAGCAAACACUUACUGACACGAGGCUUUCGGGUUGUGAUGGGAGAUGUGAACGAAGCCGAAGGCCGUAGAUUACAAGGCGAACUGGGACCGGCGACCCUCUUUGUCCAUGUCGAUGUCUCUAGAUAUGACGACCAACUCCGCCUCUUCUCGACGGCCGUUGAAUGGGGAGGGCGCCUGGAUUUCCUCGCGGCGAAUGCGGGCAUUGACGACCGGCAGAGUCUCUACUAG